AUGAGGCGUUCGCUGUCACUUCUUUCACGAUUAUCACCAAAAUCAUCUACUACACAAUGCAAAAGUUCUUCGAGUACAGAACCAAAAUCAACGGGUGGUUUACAUUUUGAGAUCACUGAUGAACAGAAAGAAAUGCAAGCAUUAGCAAGAAAAUUCGCUAAAGAGGAAAUAAUCCCUGUAGCUGCUCAUUACGACAAAACCGGUGAAUAUCCAUGGCCAAUAAUUAAGAAACUUCAUCCUCUUGGUUUAAUGAACACGCACAUACCACAAGAAUAUGGUGGUGUCGGUCUUGGCAUACUUGAUGCAUGCAUUAUUACUGAAGAACUCGCCUAUGGUUGUUCAGGUAUCCAGACCGCUGUUGAAGCAAAUUCACUGGGGAUGGCGCCUGUAAUAAUAGCUGGAAAUGAUGAACAAAAGAAACGAUUUCUUGGUCGAUUGAUUGAAGAACCUCUGAUGUGUGGUUAUUGCGUCACGGAACCUGUAGCAGGUUCUGAUGUAGCUGGAAUAAAAACACGUGCCGAAAAAAAAGGUGAUGAAUAUAUUGUUAAUGGUCAGAAAAUGUGGAUAACGAAUGGCGGUGUGGCGAACUGGUUCUUUUUAUUAGCACGUACAAAUUCCGAUCCAAAAGUUCCUGCUUCAAAAGCAUUCACAGCUUUUGCCAUCGAAGCUGAUUCUCCCGGUUUAACACGUGGAAGAAAAGAAUGGAAUAUGGGACAGCGUGCAAGUGAUACGCGAGGAAUAACAUUUGAAGAUAUGAGAGUGCCAAAAGAAAAUGUACUGGGUAGUGAAGGAUCUGGCUUUAAAGUUGCUAUGCAAGUUUUUGAUUUAACUCGUCCACCAGUAGCGGCUGGUGCCGUUGGCUUAGCACGACGUGCAAUGGAUGAAGCAACAGCGUAUUCAUUACAACGAAAAACAAUGGGAAAAUUGAUUGCAGAACAUCAAGCUAUUGCAUUUAUGUUAGCAGAUAUGGCUAUUGGAAUCGAAGCGGCACGUCUCUGCACCUAUAUGGGUGCAUGGCAAAAUGAUCGUGGUGAAAAAAAUACAUAUCUGGCAUCAAUUGCAAAAGCAUUAGCUGCUGAUGUAGCAAAUAAAUGUGCUACAGACGCUGUUCAGAUAUUUGGUGGCAAUGGGUUUAAUACAGAAUAUCCAGCUGAGAAAUUAAUGCGUGAUGCUAAAAUAUAUCAAAUUUAUGAAGGUACAUCACAAAUUCAACGUUUAAUUAUUUCACGUGACAUAUUAUCAAGAGCAAAAUUAACAAACCAAUAA